UGGCAAGUGUAAUUUCUACGAAAAACAAGUGAAUGUGUUGAGUGAAUAGAAACAGAUUAGGGACUAUUAAUACUGUGGAAGAUAUUUAAAUCGAUCAACUAUACGAUCCCGUUCGACUGCACUAAAAUUUUCACCAGACAAUAAACAAAAUCAGUCACAAUUAUGAUUCCAUUAGUAAGAAUUUUAUCAAAGCGUCAAUGGACUUUAGCAUGUCGAACAUAUGCAACAAGUGGGAAACUUGUCGAGGCCACUGUGAAUGAAAAAUCUGGUAUAAGCACCAUAUCGAUGGCAAGACCACCUGUAAAUGGGCUGAAUUUUGAUUUAUUAACCGAAUUGAAAGAGACCCUUCAAAGGGUGGAAAGUGAUGGUUCAAAAGGUGUUAUUUUGACUUCCUCGUUACCGACGGUGUUCUCGGGUGGAUUAGAUAUUAUGGAAAUGUAUAAACCAGAUCUAAAACGUGCCACCAAUUUUUGGCACGCGUUACAGGAUGCCUGGUUGGUAUUGUAUGGUCUUGGAAUUCCGACAGCUGCUGCUAUUAAUGGUGCAAGCCCAGCUGGCGGCUGUUUGCUGGCAAUGGCUUGUGAGUAUAGAGUCUUUGUCGAAGGCAAACACACGAUAGGACUGAAUGAAACUAAAUUGGGCAUUAUAGCUCCCAAGUGGUUUCAAGAUAGCUACAUUUCUACGAUUGGUCACCGGGAGGCUGAGUUGGCCCUAUUACGGGGCUCGCUGUUUCCCCCACAAGAAGCAUUAAAAAUUGGCCUUGUCGACGAACUAGCUAGUGAUAAACAGGAUGCUAUUAAUAAGUGUGAUAAGUACAUCAAUUACUAUGCAAAGAUCCCAGGUGAUGCGAGAAAAUUCACAAAACUUGAAAUAAGGAAAAAUGCAAUGUCCUGGCUGGAGAGUAAUAGAGAUUUGGACACAAAUAUAUUUUUGACGUAUAUACAGCAUCCAAAGGUACAGACUGGUUUAGAUCUUUAUGUGAAAUCACUAAAACAAAAGUGAUUAGAUCCAUCCAUGAGGGCUUCUAUAUUAAAUCAUAUAGCGUGGUUAAACCACAAUAAAAAUGGCACUAACUACUUUACUAUUUUCGUACAGUGAAAUGUUUAUAAAAUCUUUGUUACACAUAGUUUAUACAUACUUUGUACACCUUUGAAGUAUACGACCUUUUAAACGAGUUUUAACACACGUUUAUAUCUUUUAUAUAAAAGUGGUAUAAAAAUGCUAAAUUGA